AUGCAAUUCUCCCUCCCUGUCAUCCUAUCUGCCUUGGGCUUAGCCAAUGCUGCAGUCCUGGGUCAACCCUCAUCUUGGAAGGUGACCAACUGGGAUAUUGUCAGUUCUCCUGGUGGCACAGUCUGGCAAUUCAAUAUCUCUGCCAGCGCAUCUGCCAAUUCUCCUGGCUUCAAGACCCACUGCGAGGGUAUUGUGCCCAAUAUUACUGCCUGCGACGAUGGCAACAUCACAGCUGUUGUGACCGAACAAAAACACCCUCUCUGGAAUGUUGCAGUUACCCACGAAUGGCACCUCUUCCCUUCAAGUGAUGAGGAGCAGACCUACUGGCAAUCCGGCUCUCUCAAUGUGACCCGUACCCAGGGCAACUUCACCAUCAACCCCGACCAAUUCUACGGUGUCGCUUAA